AUGGCCGACGUCCUCAAGAACAUGUUUGGAGGCGCAAAGCCGGAGCAGCCUGCUGCCGCCAAGCCAGACUCUGACUUUGCCGACUUCGCCGGAGCUCCCGAUGCCGUCCCCGAGGCCGCUCCCCAGGCCGCGACGCUGACCGGAUCCGCCGCGCAGCCCACGGGCGACGUCGUCUGGACCAAGUGGUACAACGUCCACGAGCGCCACUCGCUGUCCGAGUUCAAGCCCGAGGGCAUCAUCCUCGUCAUCGCCUCCGUCAUCUUCCUGCUGCACAUCUUUGGCACGCGCGCGAACCGCGCCAAGGCCAGGGCCUGGAUCCAGGCUCACGCCCCCGUCAUGAAGCGCGAGUUCGCGUCCGUCGGCUUCCGGGGCGUGCCCACGCUCGAUGCCGACUUUGACCCCAAUUCGUUCAUCAAGGAGAAGUCGCUCUUUGAGUUUGCCUCGUAUGCCACUGGUCGCCAGAACGUUGCGUUCAUGGACGUCAAGAUCACCCUCGCCAAGAGGUUCAACCCUUUCCUGCACUACAUCGAGCACGGAUUGUCUCUCAUCACCGACACCUUCCCCGCCCCCGAGGAGGCUGUCGAGGCGACCAUCUACCCCUUUGACGGCAAGGAGGAGCUCACUCUGCCCCCCUCGGCCGGCGGUGUGGAUGCGCGCCCCAAGGACAGCAAGAGCACGUACGACGGCUUUGUCUGGGCCAUUGUCAACAAGUCCAGCAUGCAGAGGCUGCGCGACGAACGCUACGACGUCUCUCUGACCGCUACCAAGGACAACUCCAAGCUGCCCGAGUGGCUGACUAUCAUGAGCGAGAGCGCCGAGAUCACUGACACCUUCCUGACCCCUGAGCUGAUUGAGGCCGUCACCAAGGCGGGCGACUUGUUCGACUACAUCAUCAUCUCUGACCAGCCCGUCGAGAAGCCCACUCGCCUGGAAGAGACGACCCCCCGCAAGCGAUUGUUCCUCAAGUACCGCCUCCCGUCCAACAACAAGUAUGACCAGUUCUUGCCCCUGUUUGAGCACUUCCUCCGCAUCCCCGACGCCCUCGUCAGGGACGCCCACUUCCGCCCCGAGGUCCUCAAGCGAGUCCGCGCCACCCGCGAGGCCAUGAUUGCGCAGAUCAAGAAGGCGAUUGAGGAGGAGAAGAACGAGGAGCGCCUGCUCGAGAAGGAAAAGGCCAAGAAGGCCAAGCGAGAUGCCGAGCUCAAGGGCCUGGACGCCAAGGCGCAGAAGAAGUAUCUCGAGAAGGAGAGGGAGAAGGAGCUGCGCAAGUCGCAGAAGCGGAUGACGAUGCGAGGUUAAGUUACGGGAAAGUGUUGGACGAUGGCACGACAAGGCGGCGUUACUUGUGGCAAGGGGAGAGAGGGGGGGGGACGAGUAUGAAAUGGUGUAAUAUGUACGAAAACUUCCUGUACAUUUCGAUGCUGGGGAUCGUUUCCGAUGACUUGUUGCUCACAUGCUGAUGGUU